CACCACUAUCGAUAAAGCUCCACUUUUGGCCAACGAGGGGCAUGAGCGAUGCACCAAACCUCAUAGCUCUAUCACUUCAUUCACACAUCUUAUCAGAUCAGAUUUGGCACCAUCCUCUCCGUCAUCAGAUCCACCGCAAGUCGGACCACGGCAGCGACGCCAACAUGCCCCAUUCCGGCACCGCACACAAGUACACCGCGAAGCUCAUAGCGUUUGAACACGUCGGCUUGCACUCUGCGACCAAUGACGCGGAGACGAAUACCCUGCUUUGGAUCGGCGGGCUGGGCGAUGGGCUGUUGACGGUGCAAUACCCGAGCACCAUCGCCGCGGCGCUGGGGCGCACGUGGUGCAUCGCCGAGGUUUUACUGUCGUCUUCGUAUAGGGGGUGGGGGACGUCGUCGCUGCAGAGGGAUGCGAGGGAGAUUGCGCUGUGCGUUGGGUAUUUUCAGAAUCUGAGACCUCAGGGGAAGGUUGUGCUUAUGGGGCACUCGACGGGGUGUCAGGAUAUUAUGGAGUAUUUGGUUGGAGGAGGGCAUGCAGAGCACCCGCCCAUCGCCGGCGCAAUCCUCCAGGGCAGCGUGAGUGACAGAGAAGCAUGGGCGUUCCUACUCUCGAGCGAAGAAGAGAAGGAAUCCUGCGCAAACGUGCUGGCAGAGGCCCAGCGUCUCAUAGCCGCGGGUAAGGAGCGUGAACUCGUACCCCGCGAGAACAAUAUCGUGCAGAAAGAACUCGGCGCCGCCAUCUCGGCAUACAGGACGAAUUCGCUCCUCGCCAAGGGCGGAGACGAUGACUACUUCUCCACCGACCUCGAUGAUCAGACGCUGAAGGAGAGCUUUGGCAGGAUUCCAAAGGAUGUCAGUAUCAUGUUUUUGCUGGGCAGUGAGGAUCCGUUCGUACAUACGAGCACGGAUAAGCAGGCGCUGCUGGAUCGAUGGGCGGGAUUCGUGAAGGAAGGAGGGGGAAGCGUGGAUGAAGUCCAUGGCGGAGUGAUUGAGGGCGGACACCACAACCUGGAUGGCGAUCCGGAGGAGGUUGUUGGAGAUCUGGUGAAGCGGGUUGUUAAGUUCGCUGAGGGGCUAGGGAAGAGUAAGGAGGGGGAGUCGAGGCUCUGACUGCGGGAUAUGAGACUGGAUGUGUAUCUUGUGAGCCGAGUUGUGCCCAUGUCCAUGGUCUGAGAAGGGCUCUGAAUGCUCUGAGAGACUAAGUUGGUAAGGCCAUUAUUGAGCUGGUUGAAAAGCGUGACUCAGGUUGUAUCUAUCGGAUUGGGCUUUGACAUAUGACAGCCGGAAUGUCAGCUGUCGUUCCACGCAACUACCUCGCAUCAGCGUCUUCCCUCACCUCCCAA